UAGAAAUCUUGGGGGAGAUCUAAAAGGAGGGGGUACUUUGGUUCUAAGCCACCACACCCAGCGCCCCUCUCCUACCUAAAAGGACAAGCAAUCUUUCGAGGAACGAGGGUUUCAGAGCCGAGCUCCCCUGCUGACAGCUAUUGCCCUCGGGGAGACAUGGUGGUAUUCCCUGUUUGACUCCUCUCUUGGAAGACAAGAGCGAGAGAGAAAGAGUCGAGGUCGUGUUGUGACUAUGGUGGAGACUUCCAGAUCAGCUGCCGUUGCUCCAUGUUCUCGUCCCAUGACCAGGAUCUUGGCAGGUUUUAUAUUUAAUACUGCAGCAUUGUCUUGGAGAUAGAAAAAGGAAGAAUGAGGAUCAAGAACAAACACCGGAAAUCAUCUGCUUUCGGUUGCAAUGCAGGAAGCAGAUGUUCAUGUUUAGCUGUGUGGAGCCUGGUGGGGUUCAUCCUUAUGAUCCAUUUCUUUACUCAUAUCCAUCGAGAUGACGAGGAGGAUGUUCUUGUACCGUUGAGUCAUCUGUCUGACAUCAGGGAAUUGGAAGAGGUGGAAGAAGUGACAUUUCAUUUUUCGCCUCCUAGAGACCGGCGGUCUCCACGUGCUCUGAAGCGAAAGGGACCAAGAAAGCCGCCUACAGUGAUUGAUGAGUUCUUAGAUGAAUCUUCUGAGGUGCAUGCUUUUUUCUUCCCUAACCGGAAAACAACAUUUGGCCCAACAAAGGAAGGGAACAACAGCAUGUAUUUCUAUCCGGGUCGAGUGUGGCUGGAUACAGAUGGGAAUCCAAUUCAAGCCCAUGGUGGAGGACUUCUGUAUGAUGACAGGACGGAGACAUACUACUGGUAUGGAGAGAACAAAGACGGCCCAACUUAUCAUGCACACAGGAAGUCAGCUGCACGGGUUGAUAUCAUUGGAGUCAGCUGCUAUUCCUCAAAAGACUUAUGGAUGUGGACGAAUGAAGGGAUUGUGCUGCCAGGAGUGGAAACCAAUGUCACCCAUGAUCUUCACAAGUCCAAUGUCCUCGAGCGCCCUAAAGUGAUCUACAACGACAAGACUGAUCAGUACGUCAUGUGGAUGCACAUCGAUGAUGCCAAUUACACCAAAGCCGCGGUGGGAGUAGCUGUCAGCGACUCCCCUACCGGCCCGUUCACAUACCUGUAUAGCAUGCGCCCACAUGGUUGUGAGAGUAGGGACAUGACCAUCUUCAAGGACGAUGACGGAAAGGCUUUUGUCAUAUACUCUUCUGAAGAUAACAGCGAGCUCCACAUUGGUCCAUUAACAGAUGACUAUCUCAACGUAACGAGAGUUAUGAGGCGGAUUUUAGUGGGACGACAUCGAGAAGCCCCUGCCCUGUUCAAGCAUCAAGGCAUAUACUACAUGAUCACUUCUGGUUGUACUGGGUGGGCUCCAAACAAAGCUUUGGCCCAUGCGGCUGAGUCGAUCAUGGGACCUUGGGAGACAAUGGGAAAUCCUUGUGUUGGAGGGAACAGGGUCCUUAGGCUGACUACAUUUUUCUCCCAGAGCACGUUUGUGGCACCAUUGCCAGGUUUGCCAGGUUCAUUCGUCUUUAUGGCAGAUCGUUGGAAUCCUUCUGAGCUUAAAGAUUCAAGGUACUUGUGGCUGCCUUUGACCAUCGGAGGAUUGGCUGAUGAACCCCUAGAAUACAACUUUGGGUUCCCUCAUUGGUCCAGAGUGUCUAUAUAUUGGCACAAAAGAUGGAAACUGCCUGAAGGUUGGAGAACUGAGUAAACCUGAAUUUUCUUUUCUUGUGAUUUGUUCUGAGUUAGAAUAGUUAGCCUACUAUUUGUUGUCUCUGUGUAGUAUGUAUAUAAGGAUAUCAUACAACCAGCUCUCAACAAUUAUUCUUGACCAGGGGGUUCGAUCGGCCCUUUGCCGAUAAGGUCAUAUGCACUGGCCCAAUUUUAUGUUGAUCGACAUCUUUAAAAGAUUUCGGAGCUUUU